AUGAGUCAAGUAGGAAGAUUAGUAACAAUUGGUAUAUUAUCAUUUGUAACGGGGGUUUUCAUUGACAGAUACUUCCAACGUGAAACUGUCUACUUCAAAGGUGAAACUUCAUCGUCAUCGGAUGAAGAAAGUGAUGAUGAAGGUAUAGAUGUAGAUUCCAAAGAUUUGAAUACUGUACCUGGAGAAGUUAGAAUGACAUUGAUCGUUAGACAAGAUUUAAAGAUGGGUAAAGGUAAAGCUGCUGCACAAUGUCUGCAUGCCACCUUAGCUUUAUAUAAGAAAAUCACCAAUCCUGAAAGUCCAGCUUAUAAUCCUGAAAUGGUUCAUAGAUGGGAAUAUUAUAAUGGUCAAGCCAAAAUUACUUUACAAGUACCUGAUCAGGAAUCUAUGGAUUUACUAUUUGCUCAAGCUAUAUCAUUAGGUAUAAAUAGUUAUAUUGUUCAUGAUGCUGGUAGAACCCAGAUUGCAGCGGGUUCAGCUACAGUGUUAGGUUUAGGACCAGCACCCAAAUCUGUUAUCGAUCAAAUUACCAGAGAUUUGAAGUUAUACUAG